AUGCACGCCAUUCACGAGGCAUACACCCAUGCAAGACCGACUGUCAUCCAAUCGGACUGCAGUGCUUUGGUACAGGGCCUGAGAAGUGCUGCAGCGGAUGCAGAGCAGGUGGGCGUUCCAGAAGCGGAUGUCAAUGCAGUCCUCACGGAGGCCGCCAAGUUCGGCACUGUGGAAGACCUUCCUACAAUUGGAGGACGUGGCAAAUCUAGAGGCGUGUUGACAAGCUUGCGAUUGUUAUGGGGCAAGAGGAAGCUCCAAUCCCUCAGUGAUAGGAUCAUAAUCCUGCAGACAACGCACCAAAUGCUCAAUGAGGCCCGCGAAUGGAAGGUAUUCACUUCCCGCAAGAAUCUCUCCACUCCACAACCAUGGAGCAAGUUCCUCAGCGGCCUUGCGAUUCCAAUACGUUUCCGGCGAAGUGCAUCAACGGCAGAGGUUUCUCUCGAAACCGUCGGCACUACAAGAGAUUCCAGCAAAGACAGCAAAGACACAUCCAAGCCCUGCAAGGUAUUCGAGGUCGACAUGGUGUGCGAAUCGACGAAGACCGUCGUCACUGCGGUGACAGAGGGCAGUAGCUCCGGAUAG